AACCAAUCCAACGCAAGUACUGAACCAUGGAAUCGUGCUUGACGAGCGCUGUGCAGCGGUUCCUUGCCGAUGGUGUCUUCUCCAGCGCCAUCUUCCUCGCCGAGCGGCUCGUCGCCGAGCAUGCGAAUGAAGCCAACGUCGCGCUCCUCGCCGAAGCCUACUACCGGUCCGGCGACGGCCAUCGCGCCAUCGCGCUGCUCCAGCGACCGACCGAGCAUGGCGGACCACGGUCGCCGCAGAACAGGUACAUGCUGGCGCUCUGCUGCUACGAAGCGGGGCGAUUGUCCGAGGCCGAGACAGCGCUUCUUCCGCCCAAGAGCUCUCGCAGUCCUCCAGGCAUGCCCGCGCUCGAGCCGAUCCCGAACGGCGCCGCCGGCCUCUUCCUCAUGGGCAGCAUUUGCCGACGAGUGAAUCGCACGGAGCACGCGAUCGAAUACUUCAAGGCAAGCUUGAAGCAAGACCCGUUCAUGUGGUCGGCGUACGAAGGCCUCUGUGAGCUCGGCUGUGACGCGCCAACGUCAACGUUUCUCCACCCUGCACUACUGCCAACGUUCAAGGGAAAGAAGACAGUGCGUGCUAGCGGUGCUCGACCUGUGUCCAGUCGACCGGCGGUGUCUACGCGGCCACCUCCUGCAACGGACACGACCGCCCAGCGACCACGCAAGGUAGUUGCACCGCUGCAAGGAAAGAAGGCCAUGAGCCGCACGUUCACCGAGAAGGAUCGACCCACAAAACUGCGCAUCCCAGCUCCAUCGACGACGACUUCGGGCGGCGAUACCCCUUCUCCUGCACACGCCUCGGGCGAUGCGCCCGCGCUGCAACUGCUCCACGACUGCGGCGCCGCCUACCGCGCGCUAUGCCUCUUUGAGUGUGACACGGCGAUCCAGUGCUUGAUGGCACUGCCUCGGAGUCAGCUGACGUCGGCGUGGGCGCAGCAGCAGCUCGCGCGGGCCUAUUUCGAGCAGGCCAACUACCCCAAGGCCGCACGCAUCUACGAGGGCAUCCGAGAGGCCGACCCCCACCGCAUGGAGGGCAUGGCCAUCUACUCGACGAUCCUCUACCACCUCAAGCACGAGGUCGGGCUCUCAUACCUCGCGCAGCAGCUCACCGAGUUUGACAAACGGUCGAGCGACGCAUGGUUUGUCGCGGGCAAUUGCUUUAGCCUCCAGAAGGAGCACGACAUGGCGCUCACGUUCUUUCAGCGUGCGCUGCAGCUCAACCCGUACUUUACGUACGCGCACACGCUGUGCGGCCACGAGUACGCGGCCAACGAAGACUUUGAAAAGGCCAUUGGGUGCUACCGCCACGCGCUGCGCGUCGACGGACGCCACUACAAUGCGUGGUAUGGCCUCGGCGCCAUCUACCUGCGCCAAGAAAAGCUCGAGCUCGCCGAGUAUCAUUUUCGACGGGCGCUGAGCAUCAACCCGCAGAGCUCGAUUUUGCACUGCAACCUCGGCAUGGUGCUCCAUGCAGUGCAGCGCCACGACGAAGCCAUUGCGGCUCUUGACAUUGCGCAGCACCUUCAGCCGCUCAACUCGACCGCGCGCUUCCACAAGGCCAAGGUGCUUCUGGCGACCCACCGCUACAAAGCCGCCCUCGACGAGCUCUACAUCGUCCGGGAUGCGGCGCCCAAAGAGUCGUCGGUCCACUUCCUCCUCGGCCGCGUCGCCAAGAAGCUCGGUCAAGUCGACGAAGCCAUGCGACACUACAACAACGCGCUCUUCUUCCACCCCAAGGACAACCACUUGAUCAAGGCCGCGAUCGAGCGCCUUUAUGACGACAACGACCGUGACUCGGACGACGACGACGACCAGAUGUAGGCAUCGCGUCAGUGAAUCGCAUAUCUGGUAUCGUUCUGGUCGAA